AUGAGGGUGUCGUUUUUGAUGUACCAUCAGUCCAAGCAGGACCGUUAACGAGUUCUUAUACUUACCAUUCCCCGCUACCCUCAGCUUUGGAACUUAACAAGAGAGAACCUUGCGUUUUAGGUGUAGACGAAGCUGGAAGAGGUCCCGUUCUUGGUCCGAUGGUUUAUGGUAUUUGUUUUUGCCCACUUUCUAAGUAUGACCAAGUGUCUAAGUUGGGUUUCGUUGACUCGAAAACUCUGAAAGAAAGUCAUCGAGAGUCCCAUUUUCAAUUAAUUCAAUCAAAUCUGGAGAAUAUUGCAUGGAGUGUGCGUGUAUUAUCACCUCAAGAUAUUUCAUGGAAUAUGCUAAAAAUAAAUAAGUAUAAUCUGAAUGCUCAGGCGCAUGAUACCACAAUCCAAUUGAUUCAGCAGGUAUUAGCUCAGGGAGUCAAUGUGACUAAGAUAUAUAUCGAUACGGUAGGGCCUCCUGAGUCAUAUAAAACAAAACUUUCAAACAUAUUUCCUGGAAUAGAUAUAACGGUAGAGAAAAAAGCAGAUAGUAAAUUUCCUAUUGUGAGCGCUGCAAGUAUCUGCGCUAAAGUCACGCGCGAUCAAGUCUUGAAGCACUGGACAUUUGUUGAAAAAGGAUUAAAAUCAUCAAAAAUAUUUGGCUCCGGAUACCCGUCAGAUCCAAACACAAUGUACUGGUUAAAAAAUAAUAUGGAUCCCGUAUUCGGAUUUCCACAAGUCAUGCGCUUCAGUUGGUCAACUUGUGAUAACUUACUAAAGAAAUUGGCGGCUCCCGUAAUAUGGCCUGAAGAAGCACCUCAAGGAUCUAUAACUCAACUUUUUGAACAAGAAGAAAAUAAACAGGAAAAACCUCAAUCAAAAUUGUUUAUGGAAAUGGGAUUAAAAUGCGUGUCGGAUUUUUAA